AUGGCUGAUUCUUGCUGCAGGUUGUUGGAGUUCCAAUCUUUCUUCUCCAACAAUAACUUGCGCCUAAUUUCUCCUUCAAAACCUUUUCAUCUGUCCGCACUUAUCCACACUCACAAUUCAAGAUUCAGCGAGAGAAGAACAUGUCCACCUCAAAUUACCCUACUUUCAAAACCUAAGCCCUUUUGUUCAAGAUUUGAUGUCGUUUCGACUCACGAGCACUCGGACGGCAGUCUUCUGUUUCGGUUUGGGGACCCGACUGAAAUCGCGAAAAAUGACGAAAUAAAAGAAACCCAAGGCGAUGAUGAAAUAGAAACCGAAGAUGGAGUUAGACCACCCAGUGUGGUGAAGGUGUUUGAUGGUGAUCGUGAAGCAGAGGUGGUAAUAAGGACAUUAGACAAACAAAUAUCCAGUUCCGGCUCGACUGACCUGGCUGAUCAUGCAAACUCUAAGUCCACAGCUUUUAGUGAUAAUAUAUCGAUAGAGAGUCCAGAGAAUAUCCAACUCCCCGUUUUGGUUUCGAGUACAGAAAAUGAAGUUACGAGUGAAGUGGACAAUUCCAUCCUCGAUAAGAGCCCUGUUAAUGAAGUAGACACUUCAGAAAUCAAAACUAAUGCUAGUGUUAGUUCCACUCCGGGUGCCCAUGCCGAGCACUUAGAAAAUAUGGGAGAAGGCAUGAGUGUGGCGAGUGAUGAUUUUAAUCUCGAUAGGGAUAGUGGCUUGACUGAUAUGCGAAGUGAGACUAUCAAGAAUGUUACUUGUGAAGUACCCGAGGAGAAGAACUUGCAAACUGAGAGCUUUAUAACUGAAAAUGGCAGCGAAAGUGAGAUCCAGAAUGUUACAGCUGGUAAUGGAAAUGGAAAUGAAAUGAAUGAAGCUGAGGCCAAAUUCCCUGCAGCAGAAGGUGGGUUCGUGAAUGAGAUUUUUGAAAACGGAAGUGAAAGUUGCCUGACUGGCACCACUAAAGUGUUUAAGGAAAAUGUUGAGGUGGAGAGCAUAAAAGAGAGCGAGGAAAUCUCAGAAGCACCCAGCUAUGAACUGAUGGAAUUGGGAUCCACUGAAUCUGCUACAAAUAGUGAGGAUAUCUCCAUGACGAAUUUUGUUCUAUCUUCCGGUGCUGCUUUAUUGCCGCGUCCCUCUAAGGCAUUGACAGGUGGAGAGGAUGCAUAUUUCGUUGCUGGCCAAACGUGGUUUGGUGUAGCUGAUGGAAUGAGUCAGUGGUCACUCGAAGGGACUAAUCCUGGAGUUCAUGCACGAGAACUCGUCAAAAUUUGUGAAAAGACAGUCUCUGAUUGCAAUGGGAUCUCCAUAAACAACCCUUUGGAACUGCUUAAGCACAGUGUAGCUGAAACACACUCUCCUGGGUCGUCAACAGUUUUGAUUGCUCACUUUGAUGGCCGGGCUCUUAACGUGGCUAACAUCGGGAACUCUGGAUUUAUUGUCCUACGAAAAGGUUCUGUUUGGAAAAGUUCUUCACCUAUGCAAUACGCGUUUUGUUUUCCUCUGCGUAUUGAGAAAGGUGAUGACCCGACUUCUCUUGCAGAGACUUAUAGAGUUGAUUUAGAGGAGGGUGACUUGAUUCUUACUGCAACUGAUGGAUUGCUCGACAAUUUAUACGAUGAAGAGAUUUCAUCAAUAGUCAUGCAGUCACUCGCUGGUGAUAAAAAGCUCGAGGAAAUUGCAAAACUACUAGCGACAAAGGCACAAGAGAUAGGUGAGUCGGGCUGUACGAGAAGUCCAUUUGCCGAUGAUGCUCGGGCAGCCGGGUUUUCGGAAUACAUUGGCGGCAGGCUCGACGACGUGGCUGUCAUUGUAUCUUUAGUCCAAAGACCAUCAUAA